AUGGAGGACACCAAUGUGAAACUAACGCUCGAUCUCGGUCAUAAGGCACUCGCACAAAUGGCACGCAUGUCGAAUCACCAUAUAGCAUUGGUGUGGGAUCUGGGUCCUAACGUCACUCUUGGGCUAAAGUACCUUGCAGGGUCAUUAUUGAUAUGGAAGUCAUUGGAAUCAGUGACCAAGAUCAUUGUUGCAUGGAUAUCCAAGCCUGCUCUUCCUCUACCACCACCAGCUAACAAAAAGUAG